AUGUCACAUAAACCACAAGAUGAUACUUUAAUACAGAGGAAUCACACAAAGAAACACAAAAAAACAAGAUUAUUUAGUAAGAACCAGGAUCCAACAAAAAAUUAUUAUACUUUAAGUGAAAUUGCUACACAUGAUUCAAAUAAUGAUUUAUGGAUGAUUAUUCAUGGUAAGAUAUAUGAUGUUACAUCAAUUAUUGAUGAACAUCCUGGUGGAGCUGAAGUUUUAUUUGAAUGUGGCGGUAUAGAUGCAAGUGAACCAUUUGAUGAUGUUGGACAUUCACAAGAUUCAGUAAGGAUGUUGAAGCCAUUAUUUGUUGGAUAUGUUAAACAAGAUAAAUUGGAUAUGGUGGAUCAUAGUGAUGAUGAUGAUGAUUAUUUAUUAAAACAUAGUAAGAACUUAAGUCUUGGUGAAAGUUUAUUCUUUAAAGAGUUUAAGAAACAAAGAAGGAAGAAGUUUUUAAAUGAUAAAUAUUUUAAUAUAGCCAUGAUAGUUUUAGCUAUCAUGGCAGGGUUUUCCUAUUUACAGAUUAUAAAAAACAAAUUAGAUGAUAAUUAA